AAAAAAAAACAACAAAAACAAACCCGAAAAGAAAAAGUGAAUUUAGUCUGUGAGAAAGACCAAGAAGAAAAAAAAAUUAUAAAUAAUUAAAUUGACCACAAACAGAAAUGAAAACGCACAAUAAAAUUAACACAAAAACCCCUUAAAGAGAAGUAGAAAAAAUACAGGGUUGACCACUUAACACAACCAUAGGAAUAUGUGGCUUUAAACAAAAAAGUAACUCAAAAAAAAAGUCAUAGAAAAAAGUGCAUUGCCUAGUAGAAUCUCCCUUGAAAAAUCGUGAAAAAAAGAAACUAACACACCCACACAUAAAAACAAAAUAAAAUGUUACAUUCGCAGCACAUAAUGAUAAAAAGGCUUCUGUGCAAAAACCGAAAAAAAACAACAACAACAACAACAUAAGAGAGUGAAACAUAAAACAGAAACAAGUACAAGAACAACGACAAGAACAUCAGUCCCUAAUGUAUCCUUUAACCGACGGCGUAUUUGUGCGUAAUUUAAAUUCAUCACAAAAACACUAUGCCUAGAGGCGUCUUUCUGGUAGUACAUAAGCCACGCAAACACCCCAACACCCCAAAAUACUGCAACAUCAGCAUUGACACCAACACCAGCGCGCAUUAUCAUUAGCGCCAGAGUCAAGAGCAUUGGAGCGCAGAAUAGAAAGAAUAAAAAGGAAAAAAGCCACCGCCGCCAUGUAAAUUAUUAAAAUGAUGACGUUGAAAAGAAAACAGACAAUCUACUGAAACUUGUAUCUGUCCAGACGUAAGAACUGAAAUUAUCUACAAAACACUCACAGUCACAUAUGCAAGAGCAAGAAAAAUAAAAAGAAAAAAACUUUUAAAACAAAUAAGGCACAAACACCACAAAUAUACUAAAAAGCAUACCCCUCUUUAACAAAAAAAUAAAAUAAAGGAUCUGCUUAAAAAGCCACACAACAUCAAUUCACUCGACUGGAAAUGUAAACACCACAAAGAAAGCAAACGAAAAAGUAAAAACAAAUAGAACCGGAGCGGAGGGGAAAAGUAACCCAAAAUGGGCCACACACACAAAAUUAAAAUUUCAAAUAAAUCUUUAAAUAAUUUCAGGUGUUGUCUGUAGAAAACCAAUCAAAGCUAUUGAAACAAAAACGAAAAUACAACAGAAAAUCAAUUUAUGGCAAGUGUUGAAGCGUACAACGCCAGCAGCUCAGACCAUCAUACACGCACACCUACAACGAGCAGCAAAGGAGCCCAGAGCCCAGCAACAGAUCAAAGGAAACAUGUCGAAUUUACUGUUCAUGGAUGAGUCGAAUGGCAACGGUGUGUAUGCAACGACAGCGGCAGCAGCAGCGGCGACAACAGCAACAACAAUUUUAAUAAACAAUACCAACAUAAAUAAUAACAAUAAUAAUAAUAAUAACAACAACAACAAUAUACCUACAAAUAUAAACAAUAAUUUCAAUAACAACAACAACAAUAAUAACAAUAUCAACAAUAGCCCCACUAAUAUACACAACUUAAUGGCUGCAGCAUCCAAUGCAGCCGGCAAUGCUGCCUGUGCAGCAGCAGCAGGUGGCGCUGGUGCAGUGCUACCCACAUCCCUCUCCAAUGAGGAUUUAAGUCAAAGUCUAUCCGAAUAUACGGAUGCCGAUGAAAGCAUAUCAGCGCCAACAGAGUUCUUAGCAGAGUUUCUGUCAUCAGUAAUGCUCAAGGAUUAUAAAAAAGCUUUAAAAUAUUGCAAACUAAUUUUACAAUAUGAACCACACAAUUCAACAGCCAAAGAAUUCUACCCUCUGAUAUUGGACAAAUUACGAGGUGCCACCUCAAGUGACAGUGAUGAAAACUAUAAUAAAUCAUCAUCAUCACCGGAAUUAGUGCUGGAAGCACCCUCAUCGGAUCCAUCGGCGGGAGAAAGUGAUGAACAAGAAGCUUUAGCGGGUGAGGAACAUCUACAAAAACGACAACAUGCGAGACGACCGCAUUUGGUAGACUUAGAUGCUGGUUAUCACCUUGAUGGCGUCGCUGGCGCCGCCGCCAUCGACGCAGCUGAUCCCAAUUCAAAUAUUAGCAGUCACAGUAAUAGCAUCGAAGAGGAGGAGGAUGAGGUGGAGGAGGACAACGAAGACGACGAAGAAGAUGAGGGUGCUUGUGGUGUUUUCAGCAGCGGCUCGCUGGGUGCCAGUCUCAGCGAUUCCGUGGAUGCCGACGAUGGUGACUGUGAGGAUGUGGACGAUGAUGAUGACCGCGAGGACGACGAUGAUGAUGACGAUGACAUAAUGAGCAGCAGUGGUGAUGAUUUGCCCGUCGAUGAACACCAGGUCAUUGUGGGCGAUGUUUUAGAUUUAGACAAUUCCUCAGGUAAUGCAUGUGGUGGCGGUGAUGGUGUCCUUCUAAAUGGCUCCAAUUCAUCGCGUAACUCAUCGAGUGGUGGUAAAAUCAGCAGCCGCAGUGACAAUACAACGCAUUCGUAUUCGAGCCUACUGCUGGAGGAGGAGGAUGAUAUAGUGCCUGCAAGUCUACAUUUCCCCAAAGAUUUUAACGCUACUGAUUUGGAUGUCAGCAAUGGUAAUAAAAUUCCAUCAACAUCCUGCAGUGAUUCAGAAUCUCCUACGGAACCUCUGACACAAAGAUUAGCGGCCAUUUUACGCUCAAAGUGCGGUGUUUCAAACACCAAUGGUUAGAUAUGAGUCCCCACCAAAGGACUUCAUCGACGACAAAUACAAGUCGUUAAAAUAUACACAUAUAUAUUAUUCUAUAACCCAUAUAUAUAUAAAUAAAUGUAUGUAUGUACUCAAAAGAAAAUAUAUACACAAAAAUGUCUAUAAUCGAUAAAAAAAAAAAACAAAAAAGAAAUUAUAUACACAUACACUGAAACCAAAAAAUAUAUACACAUACACUCUAA